UUGCAUUCUUCCCACCUGGUCAAAGAGUACUGUAAUUAUUUGGAUAACACUCUCACCAUGACCGUCCAAACACUUGCAAUCGCCAUCAUCGUGGUGGUCUAUCUUGCGAUUCGGUAUUUCAACCGUACCGAUAUCCCCAAGAUCAAAGGUCUUCCUGAGAUUCCCGGUGUACCUAUCUUUGGCAACUUGUUGCAGUUGGGAGACCAGCAUGCCACGGUCGCUGCGAAAUGGGCGAAGAAAUUUGGCCCCGUUUUCCAAGUCCGCAUGGGAAAUAAGCGUAUUGUGUUUGCCAACAGCUUCGAGUCUGUUCGUCAACUGUGGAUCAAGGAUUCAUCAGCUUUGAUUUCCCGCCCAACAUUCCAUACCUUCCACAGCGUCGUUUCGAGCUCACAGGGCUUCACGAUUGGCACUUCCCCAUGGGACGAGUCCUGCAAGAAGCGCCGCAAGGCGGCAGCCACGGCCCUGAACCGACCAGCGGUGCAAUCGUACAUGCCGAUCAUUGACCUUGAGUCCAAUUCCAGCAUCAAAGAGCUAUACCGCGACAGCCAGAACGGCAAAUUGGACGUCAACCCUACUGCCUACUUUCAACGAUACGCGCUCAACACUAGUUUGACUCUCAACUAUGGGUUCCGUAUUGCGGGCAACGUGGAUGAUACCCUGCUGCACGAGAUUGUUGAUGUGGAGCGUGGAGUGUCCAACUUCCGCAGUACUUCCAACAACUGGCAGGAUUACAUCCCACUGUUGCGCAUCUUCCCCAAGAUGAACAACGAGGCCCAAGACUUCCGCGGUCGCCGUGAUAAAUACCUGACUUACCUGCUCGACGUGCUUAAGGAUCAAAUUGCCAAGGGCACCGAUAAGCCUUGCAUUACUGGUAACAUUCUGAAAGACCCUGAGGCCAAGUUGAAUGAUGCCGAGGUGAAAUCAAUCUGUUUGACUAUGGUCUCAGCUGGUCUUGAUACCGUUCCGGGGAACUUGAUUAUGGGAAUUGCCUAUCUGGCGUCUGAGGAUGGCCAAAGGAUCCAAGAGAAGGCCUACAAUGCGAUCAUGGAGGUUUAUCCGGACGGCGAUGCUUGGGAGAAGUGCUUGGUGGAGGAGAAGGUCCCCUACGUCACUGCCCUGGUCAAGGAAAUCCUGCGAUUCUGGACUGUCAUUCCUAUCUGUCUGCCACGCGAGAGUACGAAGGACAUUGAAUGGAAUGGAGCGACGAUUCCUGCUGGUACCACUUUCUUCAUGAAUGCCUGGGCUGCCGAUUAUGAUGAGGAGCACUUCAAGGAUGCCGACAAAUUCAUCCCAGAGCGUUAUCUGGGGCUCAAUGAGGGCUCUGGCACUCCUCAUUACGGAUACGGGGCGGGAUCCCGUAUGUGUGCUGGCUCACAUCUCGCAAAUCGUGAGCUGUUCACAGCUUUCAUCCGUCUCAUCACUGCCUUCCACAUGCACACGGCCAAAGAGGCGGCUGAUCGACCAAUUCUCAAUGCAAUUGAAUGCAAUUCCAUUCCUACUGCAUUGACUACCGAGCCAAAGCCCUUCAAGGUCGGGUUCAGCGCACGCAACCCUCAGAAGCUGGAACAAUGGAUUGCCGAGAGCGACGAACGCACCAAGGAUCUAUAA